AUGCGUCGUGCUAGUCUCGAAAGAUCCUGUGCAUCUGAUAUACUAACCGAGCAACUGACGCCAAUAUAUGACAGACAAGCACAAUACAAUGAUACAUUCGCUACACUGACAAAAGAUGACGCUAUAUUCGUCAUUGUGCUUACAUAUCAAGGAUGUGGCUCGAGCUAUCUUGUGGAUAUCCUAAAUCGGAAUCCUGAUGUCUUCUACAUGUACGAGCCAUUCCGCCUCAUGAAAGAUAAGGGGAUGCCAUUUCCACGUCCAAUAGAGGCGGACCGAGAUAUACUCCAGAAAGAGGUCCAAAUGUAUGAACAAUUGAACAGAUGUGAGUUGGAUAGACUUCCAAUUGGUAGCAAUCUGAUGGAAGAUGAGAUGGUUGUUGAAUAUAAUCGCCCAAUGGAGAGAUACAGUAGCUGUCUUAAAUUGAAGAAGCCAGUUGAUUACUGCAUUCAAGAAGCUGUGGAUAUUUGCACUAACAGAAAGGUGAAGAUGACAAAAGUAGUCCGUGGAACUAUGGAAGGAAUUGGCGCGUUUUUAGAGAAGCAGACGACAACUAAAAAUAUCAAAAUAAUCCAUUUAUUACGUGACCCUCGGGGCGAAAUCAACUCAAGAAUGCAUACAAAGUGGGCGGGUUAUAAACACCUGUCCUUUAAGAAAAAGCGGAUUUUUGUUAGAGAUAUGUGUGAUCGAAUGAGCAAAGAUGUCCUAAUUCGACAAAAACUAGAAAAAUUAUACCCAGGAGUCUUUAUGAAUAUAACACACGAGGAAUACAGCUCCCAUCCAAAAUUAUUUUACGAAAUAUUCAAAUUCAUCGGCUUGAAGCUAGAGAUUAACGAGUUUGUGCCGAUAAUUGAAUCCGGUGGCUUUGAUGUAAACAAAUGGGUGAAAGAUCUUGAUAGAGAUAUAGCGGAAAUGAUUGAUGAAGUUUGUGCAAAAACAUAUGCGCAAAUUGGAUAUACACCUAUGAGUAUAAAAGAUAUGAGCGUCCGACAUGUCCGAGAUUGAAGCAUUAAUGCAGGUAUCCGAUAGUGGCAGAUUUUGGACACUAUUGCAUCUGUUACAGUUUGGUGGAUCACUAACAAAAUCACCCAAAGAGCCAUCUGCUAUAUGAUGAAUACUGUAUCUUUACUUACGGCGACGUUUCGUUACGUGCUCCACUACUCCAGGACUUAUAGGGGACAAGGUGGAUGUCCAACGAGUCAUGAAUCCUUCCCCGUUUAAAUAUGUAUUGGAUUAUCCGA